GCUGUGCUGCCUGUCUUUCUUCUCUUCUCCACGUCCGGCUCUGCUCUUUACCUCCGCCUCGCCGUACUGUACCGUAACGCAGCUCCCUUCGCCUCUCACCACGGCGACGCCGGUUCCCGGAUCUGAGCCAGCCACACCCUACCGGCCGCCACCCAACAGCAGCAGGAUACCCUGGAAUCUAACUGCAAAUGGAUUUCCUAUCAAGUACAACAAAAAGUGACCUGGAGCGCAUGCUAUUUGAUGAAACCGAACAGCCCAAGGCCCUGCCAUUAUCACUUUUGGCAGAAAUCACAAAUGGUUUCUCUGAUAAGCAGAUAAUUGGCCAAGGUGGGUUUGCAGUGGUCUACCAGGGGAUGCUCAAUUGUGGGAAGGUUGCUGUGAAGAGGCUGUGCAAUACGCUUAUGCAUGAAGAGUUCCAACGAGAAGUUGUAUGUCUCAUGAUGGUGAAACAUAAAAAUGUAGUGCGGUUUUUGGAAUAUUGUGCUGACACACAAGGGAGUAUGGAAAGGUACAAUGGAAAAUUUGUCAUGGCGGAUGUACAACAAAGGUUGCUCUGCUUCGAGUAUCUUCCCAAAGGGAGUCUUGACAAGUAUAUCACUGGUACAUCUCGCAAACUUAAGUGGAGAAACUGCUAUCAAAUUAUAAAAGGAAUUUGUCAGGGGCUACAUUAUCUUCAUGAGAAAAAUAUUGUCCACUUAGAUCUAAAGCCCGGAAAUAUAUUGCUGGAUGACAAUUUUGUACCGAAAAUUGCUGAUUUCGGUCUCUCAAGGUGGUUUGAUGAAGCUCAAAGCCGGGUUUUUACUGUGAAUAAUAUAGGUGGAACGUUGGGAUAUUUGGCCCCAGAAUUUCUUAACCGUGAAAUCACAUACCAGUUUGAUCUCUAUAGUCUUGGUGUAAUAAUCAUAGAGAUACUCACCGGAAAGAAGGGUUAUCAUGCUGUUGACACUGUAGUUGAAAGUUGGAGUAACAAGUUGGAGCAAUCACAGAGCGACAUUGAACUGAAACAAGUACGAGUAUGUACCGAGAUAGGAAUAGAGUGCGCUGACUUCAACCCAGCGAACAGACCGAGUACAAAAAGUAUAAUCGAUAGACUUGAUUACACAGAGAAUGUGAGCGGAUAUGUUGAAACCGGUGCGAUUACUUCACAGCUGGAAGAAAAUGCUCUAAAUGAAUUGCACCAAGAUAGGCCUAAGGCUCCACGAGAGACAAGCUCCGCGGGAAAUCUUGAACUCUUAGAAGAGUGGAAGGUAUUUCACGUCAAUAAAGAAAGUGAAGGGUUUGAACCAAAGCAACUAGAGCAUUUUACCAACCUCAGGGAGCUUGGCAUCUAUAACCUGGAGAGAAUACAUACAAAAGAAGAAGCAGCUCAAGCAAAACUGAUUGAGAAAAAAUACCUGAGGAGGUUAACACUGGAUUGGGAUAGUUCGCAAUCUAGUGUUGAGCCUGGUGCGGAAGCAGCGGUUCUGGAGAGCCUUCAACCUCAUGAAGAUCUUCAGGUGUUGUGCAUUAGAGGGCAUGGAGGUCCUUCUUGUCCAACAUGGCUGGGUGAUGAAUUCGCUGUUGAAGCUCUACAAUCUCUUAGUCUUUAUGGUGUUUCUUGGGAAGUUUUCCCUUAUUUAGAGAAGGCAUGGGAUCUUCAUGAACUAAGAUUGGAGCAUAUUCCCAAGCCAAAGGAGUUUAUUAUAGAGAAAAGCUUUUGUAUGCUAAUAAAGCUUGAACUAAUUGGCCUAGAAAGUUUUGAAGAAUGGGGUUUCCCAGCCGAACAAGUGUCUUCCCUUGAUGGAGACUUAUUGCCAACGGAUGCUCAUAUGUUCCCUGUUUUGCAAGUACUGAUUAUAAGAGAUUGCUGUAAACUCUUGGGGUUUCCUUUCUCAAACCACAUUUUUUCCCCAGAUUGGUUCCCCAAACUACAAGAGCUUGAGAUAGAAGACUGUCCAAAAUUCUUGUCAGUGAUCCCCAUGUCUUGGAUUGAAAGUCUGCGUCAUGUCAAGAUGAAACAUGUCAAGUUGCUAGGUGUGUUUGAAUACUCAAAAUCAUCUAAUGGCUCAAGAUUGAAAAUCAUUGGAGAAGGUGAUCUGCAUAGCUUAGACCAAGUGUUAGUUUUCGACAAGAAAACAUGUCUUACAGAGCUACAACUUGAGAGGUGCCCACCUCUGGAGUUGAAGCACAUUCUGAUGCUAACAUCGCUGAAGACAUUGCUUGUAGAAGAUUCAGAUUCUCUGGUUGGACCACUAGGAGGUGGUCAGAGUGAUGUAGAAUGGCAGCUCCCUGUUGAGUAUAUCAAGAUCAGCGAAUUAAAUGGUAAUAGUGGGAAGGAAUUGACAGAGCUCCUCCCCCACCUCCCAAAGCUCUCCAAAUUGGUAAUAUGCUUUUGUAAUAGCAUAAAAAAGCUGGUAGUAGGGGUGGAUGUACAACAGACAACAUCAGAAGCAUCAGAAAUGGGGGGAGGUGAAAUAACAGCAGCAGCAGAGGAAGAGGAUGAGGAAGAUGAAUUGACGGCAUCAGAAGAGGAAGAGAUGGAGGAAGAUGAAAUAACAACAUCAGAAGCAUCAGAGACAGAGGAAGAUGAAACAACAACAGCAGCAGAGGAAGAGCAUGACGGUGUGCUGCUCUUCCCAGCUCAUCUCUGUGACUCACUACAGGAAUUGGUGUUCCGUCAGUGCACAAAGCUGGUCCUUGUUCCUGGAGGAGGAUGUCUCCGAAUGCAAUCCCUUCAGAGAUUAACAAUAGAGUAUUCCCCAAAGUUUCUACCUGCAUUCAUGUCUUCCCGUCACGUUUUUCCUUCCUCCCUGCAAUACCUGGAACUCUGGUGCAUUGGGAAAGGCAUGGGGACACUGGAUCCCCUCUCAAACCUCUCCUCUCUUACCAACUUAACACUUUUUGGUUUCGGAAAGGUACUGAAAUGUCAGGGCUUGCUGUCUCUCGGACAGCUCAGAGAAUUAAGUGUCAUUGGCAGCAAUAGGUUCUUUGCUGGAUGGGAUCCCAAUCCCAAACGGGCUUUGGAGGAUGUUGAAGGAGGAGAAGAGCAGCAGACACAGGUGUUUCCAUCCACACUGUAUAAUCUCAGGGCGGAUGACAUCACGGGGCUCCUUGUUGCACCCAUCUGCAGCUUCCUCUCUUCCUCCCUCACCAAGCUGACACUUCAUGGGUACGGCCCGUACGGGCCUGAAGGGAUGGAGCGCUUCAGCAAGGAGCAGGAGGACGCCCUUCAGCUCCUCUCCUCCCUCCAGAAACUUGAGUUUGAUGAUCUCAAGGCCCUUAAACAACUCCCUGCAGGGCUGCACAACCUUACCAGCGUCAAGGAAUUAACAAUCCACGCAUGUUCAGCCAUCUCAUCAUUGCCCAAGGAUGGCCUCCCCAAGUCGCUGCAAGUGCUAGAUGUCUACUUUUGCGGCAACCAGGAGCUAAAACAGCAGUGCAGGGGGCUUGUGGGAACCAUCCCCAAAAUCAGAAUAGACUGAUCCAAGGGCUUUGCCUUGGAGUUCCCUGUACAUUCUUCUAGCCUAUUAGUGCUCUGCUCUUUCCAUACAUACACACUUGCCUCAUGCAUGACAUGAGGGUCUUGUGGCGUCGUCUUCCUUCCUGUACAUAAAUCUGGUGUUUGUUCAAUCUUAUAGGCUUCUUCAUAUUUUGCAUUUCAAUUUGGCUUAUUGUCAUUCACAAGCGUGGCAGUCUACUUCUGUAUUUCUGGUGUCAUGACCAGAAUACCACUAUGGCAUAAGUAUGGAAUAAAUGAGACUUUGGGGCCAAGCUACUGAUAUCAAGGUGUUCUUGUGUUUGUUUGGUAGGUUUUGUAGCCACUUCUGUUUACAUUUUGUCCAAAACUCAUGAAGACUUGAUGGGAAGUUCAGUUUUAAGAAUUAAAAGACCAUCAUGGCAUAUUUAUGGAAUACCAGUGUUUUGCUAUUGAUAAGAUUUGCUGUUUUCCAAUGUAGUCUACAUUCUACUGAUACCAGGUAUCCUUACAUUUUCCAUAAUGGUUGUCAAUGAAAUUUAAUGGUGUAUGAUCUUCACAAGAACAGCCUACAUACUGUAGCAGUUCAGGCGUGGAGCCCAUUCAGAUUAUGGGGACUUGGGGAGUCAUAGCAGUCUGAAGGUAUAGUGCAUAUUCGUGCUGAAACACUGAGUUGGUGCAUCGUGUUACAGUGGAGGUAAUGCAUUGGAAAACCCCAUUAAGGCACUAAGAUGCAUGGUUGUGUUUUUGCUCCCUAACCAUUUUCUGAGCACUAUCUGUUCUAUCUUUAUUCCGAGUUAUAUGCUUACAUUUUUAUGUUCCUAUCACCAUCCAAUACGAAGUGAAAUUUUGCCUGAUCAAGUCAAGAGUGAAUCAGGAUGUCGAUUAUGCUACGGAUUUACUUGUUGCUCUACUGUUUACAAUACAUACGAGACUUGUGUAACUAGUGAUGGAGUUAGAAAUCUCCUUGGAAGCAAUAAUGGUGUGGUUGAUUGAGGCAGUCUUCUGCUGCUGCGAUAGCCACCCAAGAAUGAGGCUGUUCGGUGGAUGUGGUUUCAACUGUUCCCCCUCAUUGGGUUCUUCCUUGGAUGCAGUGUACUUAAGAUGGUCCAUUCUGGUACACCUUCAUACUGUGUGCGUUACAGGAUGGCACGGGUCAAAAAGCCAGAGUAGAAGUGGGCAACUUUAUCUGCAAAAGUAAGCAAAAGUUGAGGUUUAAACUGGUGGAUGGCACCAGCCUAGCUGUUGCAGUAGUUGCCAACAGUGUCACCCAAGGCACGGAUCAAAUUGUUGCUCCAGGAAAUAUUUCCAAGGUGGCUCAUACUACAUCUGCAGCAUUGUGCAAGAGAAAUACCAAUGUCAGGUCUAAAUAUUCAGAUUUGCUUCAUUUUAAUCACUUGGAGGGACGAUGCUCUUUGUACCGAGUAACAAGCAACUCCUCUGUGCAGGCCAUAGUGAGAAACAAGUCAUAAUGACAAACAAACAAGAUGCAGUCAACUACCUUUUAUUACUAUAAAAACCGGCACUGCAAAGUUGAAUUUCACAGGUGCGACUCACUGGAGAAGGUUUAGACGGCGCUGAACAAUUCGGGGCACCAAAAGGAAGACUGUACUCACGGCUCCUGUCAAGAAUGGCACGAAAGGACUGCCGCAACAACUACUCGACGACUCCAGCAAUCAAUGGGUGUACCUAAAGCACCAGAGAAGGUUCAUUCAUGCGAGAAUCACUGCCAAGAAGGGUAGCGAAUUGAACUGUAACCAGUCCGCAGAGUAACCGGAGCCAUGCUAAGGAAGAAGAAGCAGAAAUACUGCCUAGUCCAGAAGAAGCGUAGCCUGCAGCUUGGUAUAUCUGAAGCCUGUCAGCCUUGUGAUGUCACUCAGAACUUGCUGCGAUGUGUACAUCAUUUCAUUCAUACCGUGCGUGCAAUGGAACCAGACUGCAUCAUCUUCUGAAGAACUCGACACUUGUCAUGUUGUUAACUGAAGAAAUCUACACCCAGCUGUUAUCUUCAUCUAACGUAUCUGAAGACUGGAGCCGUCGCUGUUUGAGUUACCUUUUAUUUACUGUCUCCUUGUUCACCUGCCUAAUUUUAGCGUUAAAGUUAAGAUUACCUUUCACUGGUUGUAAUGGGCAUAAAACCCUGGAUCUGUUGAAAUAUGAGAUGGGCCUAGAGCCCAUAUGACAAUUUCAGAUUUAAUCUCUAA